AUGACGGCGGAUGUCGUGGCUCUCGCCCGCCAGCCUGAUAGGUGGAUCAGAGACGAAGGAGAGGCAGACCUCGUGUUCGAGUGCCUCCACCGUUCCGAGGACCCCGUUGCGGCCUGCCGAGCCAUCGACGCGAUCUGCUCGGGUAUGAGCGACCCCCGCUUCGCGCUCCGCCUCCCCUCCUGCCGGCCCCGUUCAACGGCCACUGGCGGCGGCGGCGGCGGCGGCGGCGGCGGCGUGCCAUCCACAACCACUGUACCACCGCCGCUCGACGAUGACACCCCACUGGUACCCGUCACGAUGCUGUUCAGUAGGGUGUUCUCUCUGUUGGAUGGCUUGGACUGCUGGCGGCUGAUGUCCCCCCAGCUCCGGCGGCUGAUCUCGUUGAAUCCGAGCGCGUUCGCCGGCGCCGUGAUCGCCAGGGCAGCCAUCCAUUCCUCACGGUCGGGAGGCGGCGGCGGCGGCGGCGGCGGCGGCGACGGUGGGAUAGAUGUUGGGGGAUCGUCGCGCCGGGAUGGGAAGGGCGGCAUGCCGGCGACGGCACCGGCGAGCAAGAGACCCUGCUUUGCCCUCGCGGGGGACAAGAUGACGAGCUUGAACCCGCCCGCCGAAGGCAAGAAAAGUGGAGUCGACAGCAGCAGCGGCUUGGCCGCCGCCGCCGCCGCCGCCGGUGUGUCGGCCGACUCGUGGCGAGCGGUCGCCGGGGACGUGCUCGCGAGCGCUAUGCCAGAGGUGGCUCGCGGGCGCAUGCAGGGCGUGCGGGGCUGUUGCGCCGUGGUGGACCGGUCUUGCUCCUCCGGAGCCGUUCUGGGGUGCGAUGCGGCGUACUCCCCGCUGCCGCUGAUGGUGAGAGCCUUGCAGGACAUCGCGGGCGACAUCGCUGCCGCGCGCAUGGUCCGGGACACGUUCUCGUGGGUAGUUCGCGGCGAGCGGGACCUCGAGGAGGCGCCGGGCGCGACGCUUGCAGAGCGGGAGCGCAGGCUGGACCAGCUCGGUAGCCUCGUGUGGACCCUGGGCGACCUUCGGCGGUCCCUUUCGCUGCACGGUGAAGGUGCGGGGAAGUCGGAGGCUGCGACGGGCGCUGGUGGUGCCGUCGCAAGUGGUGACGACGGUAGUGGUGGUGGUGGCGCUUCGUUGAUGCGCGUGGUUGUUGAGCAGAUGGAGGUGCACCUUGUUGGGGUGUUGGACACGGCUGCGUCUAUGCCGCUGCCGGAGUGCCCGUUCCCGUCGUACAAGAUGGACUCCGGGUACGCGUGCGAACACGCCGGGUGUCCGGCGCCUGGGUUCGAGAGGGAUGAGGAAUGUUGCGUGACGUGCAUGGAGGUGGUGAAGCCUUUCCUAGACAGCCCCUACGAGUGUUGGACGUCGUGGGUGCCGUGGGCCGGGAUCGACGGGGAUAAGUUCUCCCCUGGGUUUUAUCAGCGCCUCGGUUUGCAAUGUUCCAUCGAAGGCGGCGCCGUGAAGGCGGUAGUGCUCACGAAGCCCCACGGGACCAUGGCAAUUCACGACGCCAUGCAGCCCGUCCGGGACGCCCUCUACCUCCGCGAUCGUGCCUUGAAUCUCCUCACUAGCGCGAACAGCCUUGCCUGGCUCCAUUUCGACGCUGAAGAACGCCUCGGCCACUGCGGUGACCCAAGCGGCGGGGGCGGUAGCGGCGCCGGCGGUGGUGAUGGUGAUGGUUAUGGUGGUGGUAGUGGUGACGGUGACGGUGGUGUUAUUGAUGUUGGUGUUGACCUUGAUGUUGAUUUUGGUUUUAGUUUUGAUGUUGGCAGUGGUUCUUGUCAUGAUGGCGGCGGUAAGGCCGCCUCGACGGACGUACUUAUGACGAACAACGGCUUUCGCCCCGGUGUCGGCGGUGCGGCCGGCGGGCCUGUCGGUGGUGGCGGCGGUGCUGGGCUCAUCGCCAUGGACUUCGAUGCUGUGGCAGCGGCAGCGGCGGAGGCGAGCAGCGAGAACUGGCACACCGUGGAGGACAGUAACGACCGGCGGGAGUUCGUGGGAGGAGGCGGGGACAGGGUGGACGGGGUGGCGGCGACAGCGAACGCAGCGAGGUCGACGCCGGGACCUACCGGCCGUUGUUGCUGGGAACAGGAGUGCCCCGCAUCGUCGAGAAAUGUGGGAGUUCGUGCGUGCGUGAGUCACGGCGGAGCCAACGGGACGAAUUGUGCCGGCGCUGGACGCGCCGGGGCACGCCGACGGUUCGACAGAGAAGGUGUACUUGUCGAGAAGCGAGUCUGGGAAGAGCGGGGAGAGGCCGGCGAGGGAACAAGCGGAGAGAAAAACGAAGAGCAGCCUCCUUCCCUCCUUACGGGAGCAGGCGAAUCGCGGGCGAAACCGACAGACGGGGGCCAGGGAGUACGGGUGGCCGAGAACGGGAGUGCCGGGCUAGAGGGACAAGGGGCGGCGGUCAGGAGCGGUGGCUCGAGGCAUCGGUUUGCAGGUGGAGUGCACACGGCGCACGGCGGCGAGCCCGCUGCUGCUCCGGUUAGCUGUUGCGCCGCCGGUGCUCGGGCGGCCGAACAACGUCUUGUGAACGCAGAGCUCUUCCAGGGACAGACCCCGAACGACCUUUCCAGCACCGUGUUCCCGGAGAAGAAGGCCGUGUCAUCGGGGACGGGGGCGGCGGCGAAAACACCGGCCGAAGAGGCUGUCGAGGCGGUGGCGGCUGCGGUGGCGGCGAACGAUGGCGACACGAGCGAGGGGAUGGAAGAAUCCGGGUCGGGCUGCAUACAGUCUUGA